GCUGGCGGCUCCCAGGCUGGCACUCCGCAAAGAGCGCAGCGGGGACCACCGCCUGGCUCGCGCUCGCUCGCUCGCUCGCUCGGCACAACUCCGGGACCGGCAGCGCGCGGCUGGAGCGCGUCCAGACUCCCGCCGACUUCGGCCAGAGUGAGCCCCAGCCCCAGCCCGGACGCCCGCACCCCACGGAGUUCUAGCUCGCCCUGACCUCUGCGCCAAAGACCCCCGCACGCCCGGGUCCCCGCAACGCCCCGAGCCGGAUGGGGAGCGCGCCUGCCGCUGCAAGCUGACAGCCGCCGCCGUCCGAGCUGUGCACACCGAGGCCCCCCAACCCGGAGGCUGGUCCUUGCCGGGGGUGGCGUCCGAGAGGCUGGGGGAGCGCGCACCAUGAAGUCGGCGCUGUGCAGCCGCUUCUUCAUCCUCCUGCCCUGGAUCCUGAUCGUCAUCAUCAUGCUGGACGUGGAUCCCCGGAAGCCCGCGCCUCAACUCAUUUCGCGCCCCUACUUCUCCCCACACACCCUGGGCUGCGGGGGCUCCCGAGCCCCUCUCCGACGGAGCCACCCGGGCCGCGACGCUCCCGGGAAGCGCAACGAGUCCCGGCCCCGGCUACCCCCGGAGCCCCGGCUGCCCACCAUCUAUGCCAUCACGCCCACCUACAGCCGCCCGGUGCAGAAAGCCGAGCUGACCCGCCUGGCCAACACCUUCCGCCAGGUGGCGCAGCUGCACUGGAUCCUGGUGGAGGACCGGGCCACGCGCAGCGAGCUGGUGAGCAGCUUCCUGGCUCGGGCCGGGCUGCCCAACACGCACCUGCACGUGCCCACGCCGCGGCGCUACAAGCGACCGUGGCUGCCGCGCGCCACCGAGCAGCGCAACGCGGGCCUCGCCUGGCUGCGCCAGAGGCACCAGCACCAGAGCGCGCAGCCCGGCGUGCUCUUCUUCGCCGACGACGACAACACGUACAGUCUGGAGCUCUUCCAGGAGAUGCGGACCACCCGCAAGGUUUCUGUCUGGCCCGUUGGCCUAGUUGGCGGGCGACGCUACGAACGUCCAUUGGUGAAAAAUGGCAAAGUUGUUGGCUGGUACACUGGGUGGAGAGAAGACAGGCCUUUUGCCAUCGACAUGGCAGGAUUUGCUGUGAGUCUACAAGUCAUCUUGUCCAAUCCAAAAGCUGUAUUUAAGCGCCGUGGAUCCCAGCCAGGGAUGCAAGAAUCUGACUUUCUAAAGCAGAUAACAACAGUUGAAGAACUGGAGCCAAAGGCUAGUAACUGCACCAAGGUUCUCGUGUGGCACACUCGGACAGAAAAGGUUAAUCUAGCCAAUGAGCCAAAGUACCACCUGGACACAGUGAACAUUGAGGUAUAG